CAUAUGAUGAUCUCGCAGCCAGCGUUGAAAAUAGUUCUGUCGACGGUGUUGUAAAGAUUGUACAAGUGAAAACUAGCAGUCAAGACUCAGUCAAGAUUGUGUAUUGUAAGCGAAGUGCAAGGACUUUUCAUAAGAACAAGAGUCGAUCGCAUAACGAGAAGCAAUUAUUGACAGAUUUGUAUAUCGCUUAGCUGAAGAACUCUUCAAGAUCAAGAAUUUCAGAAGUAUACUUCAAGGCGUCAUUACAUUAACGGAACUUAUUAACAAAGAGAUGGCCUUUCUUCAGUAACUCUAGAAAUUACAAUGGAAUUGAAGCUUAUCAGAAAUCAAAAGUGUUACGUAUCAGCCACACAAAGUGGAUAAUAAAAGUAGUAUGCUGAUUAUUGCUAUCCGCGUGAAGGUGCGUGAGGAAUCCAAGCCGAGAGAGAAAGUGAAAAGCUAGAUUCGCCUGUUUGCGUGCUACCGGAGAAGCACACAUUUAUCUAAACGUCGCGUUCAUACAGGCGAUAUUUUGCAAUCUCUACCGCGAGAGGGAAUAGUAGCGCUCGCGUUCAUUCGGAUACUCUCGCCCGUAAACCGGUGAUAAUCGGCCUUGCAUCUCUCCAUUUAGUGCAAUUCGUGUAAAGUAGCAUGUGACGUGGUGAAUCCUAAAAAGCAGCAGCGUGUUUCCGUUAUUCGCGGAAUAUAAAAUACAUCCUGCAGUAGAAGUGUAUGCGUGCUACUGCCGGGGUUAAAACUCCCCAUACCGUCCCGUGCAUUCUUGUUCACUUUUGACCUUUUCGGCUUGUUAUCUGUCUGCUUUCUAGUAUAUAAACCAACAAGUUAACAUUGGAAUGGUCUUCCGUUACGGCUGUGUUUGUUAUCGAAUUUUAUCACUGCAGUGAAAAAUAUGACUUCAUGAGCAAUACCGUCAAGGCAACCUUCUCCGAACACAUCAAGAUCAAAAUUCGCUGGUCAUCACCUUCCACAUCGUCCCCUAGCAGUAGAUCGAACAGCAAAACUCGGGCUACCAAAAUGAGUGAUCGCAAGGCAGUGAUUAAGAACGCCGACAUGGGCGAAGAAAUGCAGCAGGAUGCGGUGGAUUGUGCGACACAAGCCCUGGAAAAAUAUAACAUCGAGAAGGAUAUUGCGGCGUACAUCAAGAAGGAGUUCGACAAGAAGUACAAUCCCACCUGGCACUGCAUCGUCGGACGGAACUUUGGUUCCUACGUUACGCACGAAACGCGUCACUUUAUUUAUUUCUACCUGGGACAAGUUGCCAUCCUUUUAUUUAAGAGCGGUUAAGAACGAGACUAGAAUCUUUAUUUCAGGAGUAGUGCGAAAUUGUUGUAUACAGAGCGAAACCAGAGGGAUAAGAUAGCAGGAAACAAAUCGAUCAGCAGCAGCAGCAGAGCAGUGACAGACAACCGCAAAGCAGGAACACAUUCUAUUUACUAUUACUUCUACUAUUAACGAUAAUUAUUAUAACCAUUUGCCCAACAACCAAAACCGACGAUGUCGAUAGGUGACACCUGGAUUGCGAAGGAAUGGGCAGCUGGCAACCGGGUACGGCUGUGUGAAUAUGUUCGUUAACAAAGCUACCAUGCAGUCCAGGUUUACUAAAAUAACAAGCCAGCGUUAGUAGAGCAGUGUACCGGCACUUCGAGAAGAUGUUCGAUUUGUAGUUAUAUUCACUUUCCGAACCAUUUAUAGCAAACAACAAAACCAUUUAAGACGCUAGAUCUUUGGAAACAGAACGAUUUAGAAGCACUUUAUCAAAUAGAACAUUAGAUAAUUGAUGAUAAAUUGAUUCCAACCAAUUUUUGAUUGAAUUCCCAAAUUUAACCUGAUUAGAGCAAAUUAGCCUUGUUUGUAAACUUACCUACAAAUUAAAAAAAAUGCGUUAAAAUGUUUGUUCUUUUGUUUUAGAUACUUUUUAUUCAGUGAAUGAACCCAACUUGAACUGAUGAAGAAACAGUGAGUUCAAUAAAUAGCGUUAACUGUGAAAGCUGGUGAGCGCACGGUCGUGCAAAUUUCAUUUUAUAAUGGGUAAUGAGCAUUUUUGUCGCACCAUUCAGCUACUCAUAACGGGCGUACUUGUUAUGUGAAUAUUAAUGAAAAACUUUCUCUCCUAUAUUUUUUGCCCAAUUCAAUAUGUUUGAACUUCCUACUCGUCGUUGUUUGAGACCAAUAUGUAACGUCAGAAUAUUCAUCGAUCCUUACCAAUCGUGCUGUGUGUACUCCCCGUGAAGCGCAGUUAGACAUUCUGCCGUAUCGUCAAUGUGUAUGUACGUGUGAUUACUUCCAAAAAAAAAAAAAAACAAGAUAAAAAAAAAUACUCGAGAUAAAUUUUUGAAAUUUUUAAUGAAUCAUACAAUGUAUAACUUCUCAGAAAGUUUCGUCACAAAAACGAACGUUUAACCUACACGUUCUCCACUUUGCUCAUACAACUUACCAACUUGCUAAUAGUUAAUUAGGUUCGAACCUUAUCGUUGGUUAACGAAGCAAAAAAGGCAACUGGCAGAUUAUUUAUAGGUACGGUUUUACUUGACAGAGAACAAGAAAUGAUUUUGCACAAUGGCUAACCCAGACAGCAUGAAAUGUCGAAAGAAAUACCUUGCUGGAAUUAUUCACUCCACGGUUUGUUUCCAUCCGUUACAUAUGCAGCCGACCACGUAUUAAACAUUUAAAAAGGGUGAAAAAUAUUGCACAUGCCGAAGUUCAAAACAAUUAAUUUAUUAUCAGACACACAAACAGCGUGAGGAAGAUACCAACAGAUUUAAAUUUACCGAGUCAAAUCGAUUUAUGUAUUUCUCAUUAGCUAUUAUAUGAAUGGAAAUAUUACAGUAUUUUUGUGUAAAGAAAAACAAAUUGCAGAGAAGAAAAAAACAAAAACAUGCCGAACACUCAUUGGAGAUAGAAGCUAUUAAAACUGAAUCGUAUAAAUGAAAAAAAUAAAACAGGAAAACACAUUUCGAACCAAAUGUAAGAA